CUGGCGGAGCAGCCCGCGGUCCCUCCCCGGCGCCGGCGGCUCCUCCUCUGCUCACCUCAGCUCACCCCCUGCAUGCCGGCGGUGCUGGGGGCGCUGUGGAGCGGGGCACGGGGCCGCCCGCCAUGGCCGAAGCAGGAGCGGGAAGCGCCGAGGGCGCCGAGGAGGAGCGGCGGGCGGCGGAAGACAAGUUCUCAGUGGAUGGGAGCCCGUGCGUGGCCUGCGGAGGGCCCAGCCUCAUGAAUCCCGUCCCCAAGGCUGCCAGCACCACGGCUUUCAAUGCUGCCCUGCCUGACAUCCCAAGGAAGCGCAAGGGAAGUGAUUCUGAUAACCAGGAUACAGUUGAAGUUGAUGGUGAUCCUCAGAAAAGGAGUGAAGAUGAAGAACAUGUUAAAGUAAAAGAUUUCAGAGAGGCUCACAGUCAGACAGAGAAAAGAAGAAGAGACAAAAUGAAUAAUUUGAUAGAGGAAUUGUCUGCCAUGAUACCACAGUGCAACCCCAUGGCCCGAAAGCUGGACAAGCUCACAGUGCUACGGAUGGCUGUGCAGCACUUGAAGUCUUUAAAAGGUUCCAGUAGCUCCUACUCAGAAGUCCGGUAUAAACCUUCAUUUCUGAAGGAUGAUGAACUGCGACAGUUAAUCCUUAGGGCUGCAGAUGGAUUCCUGUUUGUGGUUGGAUGCAACAGAGGAAAAAUUCUGUUUGUCUCUGAAUCAGUUUGCAAAAUACUGAAUUAUGAUCAGGCCAGUUUAAUUGGACAAAGUUUAUUUGAUUACUUACAUCCAAAAGAUGUUGCAAAAGUUAAGGAGCAACUUUCUUCAUCGGACGUCUCGCCUAGGGAGAAGCUUGUAGAUGGCAAAACUGGCUUGCAAGUACACACAGAUUUCCAAGCUGGACCAGCUCGGCUGAACUCUGGUGCUCGACGUUCCUUCUUCUGUCGCAUAAAGUGUAGCAGGACCACAGUCAAAGAGGAGAAGGAGUGUUUGCCCAACCCAAAGAAGAAAGAUCACAGAAAAUACUGCACCAUUCACUGUACUGGGUAUUUGAAGAACUGGCCUCCUAAUGAGGUGGGAGUAGAAGAGGAAAAUGAUGUAGAAAAGGACAGUAGUAACUUUAACUGUCUUGUUGCGAUUGGGAGGUUACACCCUUAUAUUGUUCCACAAAAGAGUGGAGAGAUAAAAGUCAAAGCAACAGAAUUUGUUACACGAUUUGCCAUGGAUGGAAAAUUUGUUUAUGUAGAUCAGCGCGCAACAGCAAUUUUAGGGUAUCUGCCACAAGAGCUUCUAGGAACUUCUUGUUAUGAGUACUGCCAUCAAGAUGAUCACAAUCACCUAGCUGAAAAACACAAAGAAGUGUUGCAGAACAAAGAAAAAGUAUUUACAAAUUCCUACAAAUUUAGAGCAAAAGAUGGGACUUUUGUUACUUUAAAGAGUCAGUGGUUUAGUUUCAUGAAUCCUUGGACCAAAGAGCUGGAGUACAUUGUAUCAAACAACACUGUGGUAUUAGGUCAUAAGGAAUCAGCCGAAGAAGAGGUCCUGUACAGUUCCCAACCUGCAGAAGAUGCUGUAAAACAGUCUUUAGUAAGUGUACCUGGAAUGUCCUCUGGAACAGUUCUUGGUGCUGGAAGUAUAGGAACUGAAAUUGCAAAUGAAAUACUAGAAUUACAAAGGUUGCAUUCUUCACCGUCUGGAGAGCUAAGUCCGUCACAUCUCCUCAGAAAGUCACCUUCUCCAGCUUUAACUAUAAACUGCAGUGAUGUGAGUACACCCCUGCCUGUGAAAAUCCAAAAUGAAAAGGUGCCAAAUAAAGAGUUGAUUCAGUUAUGUCCUUCAGAAACAGAAGCUCUGGAGAAUUCAGAACAAAGCCAGGGUGCUAUUCCAUUUCCCAGUAAUGAACCUCUCCUCAGUGGCAGUUCCCAGCUGGACUUCGAUGCCAUCUGCGAGAACGAUGACACUGCCAUGACAGCGCUGAUGAAUUACCUGGAGGCUGACGGGGGCCUGGGGGACCCAGCUGACCUCAGUGGUAUCCAGUGGGCUCUCUAGAGCUGCUUCUGGGAGCAAGGAAUGGCAGAAACCCCCAUGCACAACCACCCUACAUCCUCAGUACUGUACUGGAGUUUUCUAAUGGCUCCUUUGAAUUCAGACUGGCUGUCUCUGGAUUUUUAAAGACUGGAGCCUUGUUCAGAGAGAGACAUCUUCUGCUGCACCUAUGGACAAAUGCAAUAUUUUUUUCAUGAUGAGGAAACCUUGAAAUUUUAAUAUUGAACCAUCUGUAACUGGAAUGCUUAGAACACUUUAGUAUAUUUUUGCUAAGAAGCUUUAACCAAAAGGUACUGUACAAUGUACAGGAUUACUUUUUCUUAGUUUUAAUACUUCAAACUUUUAUUUAUUGUUUUUGUUUCAAGUUGCAGAAUAUUAGUUAUCCGUGUUACUUUCUGUAGAACCUACUGUACUUAUAUGGUUUGAGAAUAUUUGUAACUAUUAAAUUUAAUUGAAAUAACAAUUUGCACACACAACAGUUGUAAAAUAAGGUAUUGUAAUGCUCAAAUGAUGCAGUUUGUGAUUCCUUGCACUUCUCAGCAGUGCAAUUUUUGCUAAGGUGAAAAUGAAGCCUGCAGUUCUGGGAGCAAGGAUUGGGGUUGGAUCACCCUAAUAAACAGAAGAGAAUGUUUUGAGAAAAACACUCAUUUUCCAGUACACAAACAUGAGAAGGGAAUAAGAAAAGAGCAACAAACUCUUUAAUUACUGUUUUGUAUUAUUUGUAAUGUAUUAUUAGAGAGGCAGUGCAGAGAACCAGAGAAAAAUAAUGCUCUAUUUGUAAUAAAGCACUUUGGUCUUGUCCCAGGUUCUUUACUAACUAGAAAAGUGUGAAUGGAUAAUCUGGGUUCCAGAGAGAGGCUUGCACUGUCUGUUGGUGAAAAAAUGUUAAAAGUCUAGAGCAUCUUUUGUGUUUUUGGAGAGAUUGGGAGAAUUUUCUACUGCUUGAGUAUGUGACUUUUUAAAAUCCUCUCUGUACUAUAGCUUUGUAAGUAAAUGCUAUGCAGGAUGAUCUUUUGGGAACAGUUUUUGCAGGGAUUGUAUCCCAGUUACAGCAAAUGACUCAAGAACAUGGCACUUUAGAGGUUGCAUUAGAACAACAUAGCACUAUUAUAGCAAGAGGAUCUUUUUAUCUCUGGUAUUGAAGGUUUAAACAAAUUUAUGCAUAGAUUGUAUAUCAUAAAAUUACAGAUUUUUUCAUGUUUUCUUCAUGUUUGGGUUUUGCUUUAUUUUUUUAAUUCAGGUAAUGAAAGGAAAGCAUUUGAAGAUAUCUGAUACAUGUGCAUCUUUUUAAUACAGGCAUUUAAAUGUAGGUACAACCCUAACCUCUCUCACUCCUGGUGAGGGUGGCAGCCUGGGCUGGUGUUUUUAGGAAGGCUGGAGUUGGGAACAAAUGGAUGUGGCUGUCACUAGAUGUCAUCCUUGUGCUGCUGGGGAGCCACCCUGUCCUCAUGAGGCCACAAUCUGGACAUGAAGUGGCUUCCUCUGCUUGACAGAGCAUCUUACAGAUGAUAUGACUCCUUUGGCAAACGAUGCAUUUUUGCUGAUUUUUGCUAGAAACCUUUGACAUUUUGCUAGAAUGGCUUCUUGGAUUGAUUUUUUCCUUUUUUUUAACUCUAUAGAAUUUUUUUCAUUUAAUUUGGAUGUAAUUUCCUGCAUUCAGAUCUCUUUUUUACAUACAUGGGGCCAAAAUCAUCAGUUCUCUUGCUUUAUUAGAAUAAACUUCUCUGCUUUUUCUGAAUUUUGGGCUAUAUCAUGGAGCAAAGUGGAAGAAAUAAACAGGCACUUUCUAAGAACUGAUAGAAAUCUCUUUGUAUAAAUGAAAUUUGAGAUUCUGCCAUUGUAAAAUGCAUUUUCUCUUUUCUAUUCUAGAAGUAAAUUCCAAAUAAACCAGCAAAUACUGUAGCUCAUAGAUAAAUGACUACACAAAUAACUUAAAAUUAUACAGACUUUAUUAGAACAGUUUUUUAAACUGGAUUAGUUUGGAAACGUGGCAGCUGUUGUUACUGCAGGAGCAAAUUAAUUCUUUCACAAGAUUUAUAUGUGUCUAGACUCAAACCACUAUUUUUGGAUUCUUGGCUAUCCCUAAAAAAUAAAACCAAAAAUGUGACUUUGAUUCUUUUGCAGUCAAUGACAAAUAUUGUGAUUUUCAAUUAAUUUAUUAGAUUUUCCCUUUACUAUUUGUAUUUUUUUCUGGCUUAAAGCAGCCUUUUCAAGAAAAAGUGUCACUUGUAAAUAUUUCUGGUGAAAUUAAUAGAUAUUUUUGAAUACAAUUGAGAUAGUAUGUGCUCAUUUUGUUUGUAUAACAACCCAAUUCUAGUAAAAUACUGACAGUUUGUUCCUGGCAUGGUGCAGGUAAUGGUAGGAUGUGGUUAAAGCAGGUCAAUAAAUGCUGUUUUGAUGCCC